UGCGUCACACGACAACACGACGAAAAUACCUGAGAUCAUUCCGAUAGGUGACAGUCCGUCAGCGGAAUGUUUGAAGUGCACCUGGAAAACCGUUAAGCGUGUAAGUGACAAGAUCAGAGAUAAAACUCGGAGUUCUAGGGUGGGCGGACAGAGAAUACUAGCGGAGAGAAAACUUGAGGUCAGAGAAAAGAAUUCAACGAUGCAGAGGUCCGUCUUGUAGCCAUGAGACUCGAUCCCGGCAUAAAUUGUUGACAACACGAGUGGAUGAAAAAAGUGAGGGGCGCCAUUUAGCAGGAUGACGUCUGCGGAACUUUAUGUUCAGACUUUUCUAAAGGAUUCGGAGAUCAGCCAAGUUUACGUCAAGGGUGCCAGAAUAUGGGUACCUGAUGAAGAGAAAGUAUGGGUCGGAGCAGAGUUACUGGAGAACUACACAGGGCAGAAAACUAUCAGGAUACAGAUAGAGGAUAGUGCAGAGGAGAGAGAUUAUGCAAUUAAAGAUAAAAAACGUCUUCCACACUUAAGGAAUCCUGAGAUUUUGAUUGGAGAAAAUGAUUUGACAUCGCUAAGCUACCUAAAUGAACCAGAAGUGCUGUAUAACCUACAAGUCCGGUUUCUGGAGAGGAACUGUAUCUACACGUACUGUGGGAUUGUUCUGGUGGCCAUUAAUCCGUACCAACAGCUGCCCAUCUACGGCAAUGAACUCAUACAGAUGUACAGCGGACAGGACAUGGGGACCAUGGACCCACAUAUCUUCGCCGUGGCAGAGGAGGCGUUCAAACUCAUGUCCAGGUUUGACAAGAACCAGUCCAUCAUUGUGUCUGGUGAGUCAGGGGCGGGGAAGACUGUCUCAGCCAAGUACGCCAUGAGAUAUUUUGCAAUGGUGGGCGGAUCUCAGGCCGAGACGCAGGUGGAGCAGAAAGUUCUGGCAUCGAACCCGAUUAUGGAGGCCAUUGGUAAUGCCAAAACUACCAGAAAUGACAACAGCAGUCGCUUUGGGAAGUACAUUGAAAUUUCCUUCAGUAAAAACAAUGCGAUUAUCGGGGCUCAUAUGAGGACCUACCUGCUGGAAAAAUCCAGGGUGGUGUUCCAAGCUGCAGAGGAGAGGAACUACCACAUUUUCUAUCAGCUGUGUGCCUCUAGGGACCGCCCUGAGUUCAAGAAGUUCUGUCUCAUGUCACCAGACGAUUUCUACUACACGAGUCACGGCAUGGCACCGGAGAUCGACGGUGUGGACGAUGCGGAGGACAUGUUGUCAGCAAGAGAUGCACUCACCAUGCUAGGGAUCACAGAAAAAGACCAGAUGAUGAUCUUCCAGAUUCAGUCGGCCGUCCUCCAUUUUGGGAACGUGAAGAUCCGGGAGGCGGAUGGCGAAUCGUCCGAAAUUAAGAAGGAUGAUAAACACUUAAGCAUUAUGUGUAAGCUGCUGGGAAUAGAAGAAUCUCAAAUGAGGAUGUGGUUAUGUCACAAAAAGAUUGUCACUGUAGGAGAAGUGCUUACAAAACCUCUCACCUUAACUCAGGCUUCGUUUGCUCAGGACGCUUUAGCCAAACACAUCUACGCACAGACCUUUAACUGGAUCGUGGAGAAAAUCAACCGAGCUCUACACAGCAAUACCAAGUCCACAAAGUUUAUAGGUGUCCUUGAUAUCUACGGGUUUGAAACUUUUGAAGUGAACAGCUUUGAACAGUUCUGUAUUAACUAUGCAAACGAGAAGCUGCAGCAGAUUUUCAAUAUGCACGUAUUUAAGUUGGAGCAAGAAGAAUACGUCCGUGAGGCCAUUGAGUGGUCGUUUAUUGAUUUCUAUGACAACCAGCCGUGUAUCGACUUGAUCGAGAGUAAGCUUGGAAUUCUGGAUCUGCUAGACGAAGAAUGCAAGAUGCCGAAGGGCUCGGACGAGAACUGGUGCCAGAAGCUGUACGACAAACACCUGGGUAAGGCCAAGCACUUUGAGAAGCCGCGAAUGUCAAGGUCAGCCUUCAUCAUCAACCACUUCGCUGACCGCGUGGAGUACCAGGCCGACGGCUUCCUAGAGAAGAACCGCGACACUGUGCUGGAGGACCACAUCAACAUCCUCCGGGCCAGUGAGUUUGAACUGGUGGCAGAACUGUUCGAGGAGAAGGUUGAUCCUAACGAGAAGAAAUCUCGAGCCGGAUCGGCCACGACUCAUCCAAUGAGACAGGCUCCGAAAGGAGGGCGCUCAAACAAGAAGACGGUCGGAUCACAGCAAGUACAAAAGGCUACAGUUGGAGAUCAGUUCCGUGAGUCCCUAAAAAAGCUGAUGGAGACCCUCAAUGCAACUACGCCUCACUACAUCCGCUGUAUCAAACCCAACGACAUAAAGGAGGCGUUUAUAUUUGAUCCAAAGCGAGCUGUUGAACAACUUCGGGCCUGUGGUGUCCUGGAGACAAUACGAAUCAGCGCCGCAGGAUAUCCCUCUAGGUGGACCUAUCCCGAGUUCUUCCAGAGAUAUCGGGUUCUAGCCCGCUCCAAAGAUAUCAACAGAAGUGACCACAAAAAGACAUGUGAAAAUGUUCUCACUAAAGUCAUACAGGGCUCAGUGAAGAAAACUCCUCGGGGGCUGGAGGAUCCAGACAAGUAUAGGUUUGGUAAAACAAAGAUUUUUUUCCGCGCCGGACAAGUGGCGUAUCUGGAGAAGUUACGCUCCGAUAAACUGAAGGCCUGCGGAAUCAUGAUCCAGAAACAUGUCAAAGGCUGGCUGGCGCGGCGACGAUAUCAACGAAUCACAAAGUCUGUUACAUUGCUUCAGAAAUAUGGGCGUGGCCUGCUGGCUAGAAGACAUGCCAAGUUUCUGCGUGAGACUUUUGCUGCAACUCGUAUACAGAAACAAUGGAAGGGCUACAGAGCCCGGAGGGAGUACGUCAAAGUCCGAAAAGCAACCGUUGUCAUACAGUCGGCCAUCAGAGGAUACUUUGGACGGAUGCUGUUUAAGCAGGAGCUCCACGAGCACCGUGCAAUUACUAUACAGAAGAUGGUGCGCUCUUACCUGGCCAGGCGGCGCUACAAGAGGGUGAUGCGGGGCAUUGUGUUACUGCAGAGUCACUACCGGCGACGGAGGGCCAAGAAACAACUCAAAGUUCUCAAGAUUGAAGCCAAAUCAGUGGAGCAUAUCAAAAAUGUCAACAAAGGCCUGGAGAACAAGAUCAUCCAGCUACAGCAAAGACUCGACGCCAAGAACAAGGAGGGCAUGAGUAUAAAGGAACAAGAGGUGUACAUCAAACAGCUGAAGGGAGAGCUGGAGAAACUUAGGUCCUCAAAUGAGGAGGGCAAACGGUCCUCAAACAAGGUCAGCGAACUAAUGCAGCAAAUCAAGGACCUCCAGGAGGAGCUUAGCAGAGAGAGGGAGGAGAAACAGGUCCUCAUCACCAAGAGCGAAGAGAUGGUGAAGGAACAUACUCAGAUGUUGAGUAAGCUGGCUGAAGAAAAAUGUCAAUUAAAGGAGCAGUUAGAAGAAGCAAGCUUAAAGCUGCAACAGCAAGAGACAAAGACCGAUGAUGAGAUGAAGAAGAAGUUGGAGGAAACGAACGCGCUGCUCGCGGCCGAGUUUGACUCAGAGCGAAGUCAUCAUCAGCGCUUGGUCAAGGAGCAUGCUCGCCUUCAGCAGCGUCUCGAGAAUCUCCAGUCUGAGAUGGCCGUGAUGAACUCUCCCGGGGGUCACAAGAGAACGCCCUCGGACAUAAGUGCAAUCAGUCUCGAGUCAUAUACGAGCUCAGUGUCUCCCGACGAAGUCAAGUACGACGAUGAGGGACCCGAGGAAAAGGACCAGGGAUACGGGACAAAGAAGAAAAAGAAAGCUCCCGCGCCCCCCGCUCCCACGGCAAACGCCAUGGAGAAAGAAAUGAAGAAUGUUGACAUAGGACUGGUGCUAAAACUACAGAACAAGGUGAAGGAGCUAGAACGACAGCGCACGGAACUCGAGGAGAAGCUGGAACGGUAUGAGGAGGAGACACCGCAGGGCACCACGGACACCGCGGUGAUAUCAGACUCCGCAUUCAAUGCUCUGAAGCAACAACUUGUAAAUGCCGACGAUGUCCAGCUUGUGAUCAAACUCCAGAAACGAGUCGCGGAACUCGAGAUGACCAAGUCCAAACUCGCCGAUGAACUCGACGAGAGAGAAGAUGAGGAUGAGGAUAAGUCGGGAUUUAAAAUCACGACUCCUGAGUUUGCAUACAAUAACUUAAAGAUGCAGGAACUACAAAAUGAAAAUGACAAGCUGAAGAGAGAAGUCAACAAGUUGAUGAAGUCAAUCUCCGAAAACGUCAGCUUCGAGAGAGGCGGCACUAAUUCCCCGGCCGGCAAAGAGUUCAUGGAUGCAAAAGUAGAGGACCAAAUGAAAGCUUUCAGAGAACAAUUCACAGCGAUGUCGGAUGAAUUAGAGCGACGCCGCGAGGAAUGCUUACAGCUGAGAGCAAUGCUUGCUGAGAAGAGCAUCACAACGCACGCCAUAGCGAAGGAGUCGUACGGCGGAAUGGAUGACAUAGUGAACGAAGACAACGAACUCGCACUAGCCUACAGGACUCAGAAAGAACUCAACAGAUUACUUGAAAACCAGCUCCAAAAGACGGAGAAGGAUGCCAAAAAGAAAGAGGACAAACUGAAGAGGGAGAUCCGAGACCUGAAACAUGAGAACGAGGCCGCCCAAAAAGUUAUCAACCAGUACAACAGCAUCACCAGAAAUCUACAGCUUGGACCUGAGGCGAAGAUCGAGGCCACAAUGCAGCACGAGAUAACUCGAUUGACGUCCGAGAAUCUGGACUUGAGGGAAAAGGCCGAUAAACAAUCGGACCAAAUCCGCAAGCUGAAGAAAAUGUUGAAGGUGUAUGCCAAGAAACUGAAGGAUGGAGACGUAGCUGAGAUUGAGGCUGAGUUAGAGAGAGACGACAAACAGAAGAAGUCGGACGAUGGAGUCGCCACCGUGAAACACCUCGACCGGACGUACAUGGGAAUGCUAGAAUACAAGAAGGAGGAUGAGGCUCAACUCAUAAAGUGUCUGAUCUUGGACCUAAAGCCAAAAUUAGCACAGGGUUUGUUGCCGGGACUUCCGUCAUAUCUCCUGUUCAUGUGUGUACGACACACGGACUACAUCAACGACGACGAAAAAGUCCGAACACUGCUGACCAAUACAAUCAAUGGCAUCAAAAAGUGUGUCAAGAAGCACAGUAAAGAAUUGGAUCGAGUCAUUAUGUGGCUGGCCAACACCUGUCGUCUUCUUCAUACUCUGAAACAGUACAGUGGCGAAAAGGCGUUUCAAUCUGAGAACACGCCCCGACAGAACGAGCACUGUCUGAGGAACUUUGACCUGUCUGAGUACAGACAGGUGUUCAGUGACCUGGCCGUGUGGAUCUACCAGACCAUGAUCAAAUACAUGGAGGAAGUCAUACAGCCCAUGGUCGUGUCGGCUCUACUGGAACACGAGGCGAUUGCUGGUCUGACAGCGAGUAAACCGGCGGGGAUGAGAGGGCGGAGCAGUAGCUCGGCUCAUGAGGAGGAGGGACGUGAGUUCUCACUGGACUCACUCGUCAAAGCCCUGAACAAGUACGUCCAGAUUCUAUCCCAGCAUGCAGUGGACCCGGAACUGGUGAAGCAGGUCUUUAGACAGUUAUACUACUAUAUUGGGUCCAAUGCCCUGAACAAUCUUCUUCUGAGAAAAGAUAUGUGUAACUGGUCCAAAGGCAUGCAGAUCAGGUACAACUUGAGUCACCUGGAGCAGUGGUUGAGAGACAACAAGCUGAACGAGUCUGGGGCUCAGUCCACACUUGAGCCGAUCACCCAGGCGUCGCAGCUCCUACAGGCUCGCAAGUCAGAUGCCGACGUAGACAGCAUCUGUGAGAUGUGUUCAAAACUCACAACCCCACAGAUUGUGAAGAUCCUGAACCUUUACACCCCAGUGGACGAGUUCGAGGAGCGCGUUCCAAUCAGCUUUAUUCGUAAAAUCCAGGAGCGGUUAAAAUCAGUGAAGCGCGAGGAGGGGGAGGACAAUACACUUCUGAUGGACACCAAGUUCACCUUCCCCGUGACCUUCCCCUUUAACCCGUCCAGUGUCACGCUGGACUCGAUAGAUAUACCCGAGUCUCUACACCUCGACUUUCUGACUCGAGUCUAAUGUUAACAUAUAUUAGGUUUAUAUUAUAAGAAUUACUGGACUCUAUAGAUUUACCCGAGUCUCUACACCUCGACUUCCUGACUCGGGUCUAAUGUUACCAUGUAUUAGGUUUAUAUUAUGAGAAUUACUGGACUCGAUAGAUUUACCCGAGUCUCUACAGUUAGACUUAUGACUCUGGUCUCAUGAAAGCUGUGUUAGGUUUAUAUUAUUGUCUACAGUAUAGUUCUAAUAUCUCUACACCUUGACUUCCUGACAUGAGUCUUAUGUUAACAUAUGGUAGGUUUAUAUAAUUGUAAGUACUGGACUCGAUAGGUAUACAUGAGUCUCUACACCUUGAGUUCCUGACUCGAGUCUAAUGUUAACAUGUGUUAAGUUUAUACCAUUGCCUACUGUAUCAUAACCAAGUCCAUACGCUUGAUUUCCUGACACGGAUGUAAAUACCACCCUGACAAAGAUGUAAAUACCAACCUGACAAGGAUGUAAAUACCACCCUGACAAAGAUGUAAAUACCAACCUGACAAGGAUGUAAAUACCACCCUGACAAAGAUGUAAAUACCACCCUGACAAGGAUGUAAAUACCACCCUUGUUAUGGUAUAUUUCAAUAUUUACUGUAAAGUUUCAAAACCUGAUCAUUGUCUGGGAGUCUUUAACAUCUGGAGAAUGUAAUGUCUCUGUAUUAUAUAUAAUUCCUGGACUGUAUCAACAUUCCCGAUCCUUUACAUCGUGACGUAGGUGUAAUGUCCGCCGUACUAAUGUUUAUAAGAUUGUCUUCUGUGUGGUAGGGAUUAAUGUACCAUUGUCUCCUGUAUAUUUCUGUGUGGUAGGGAUUAGAAUUUGUGCUUGUAUGAUCAUCACACGAUUCCGGACUAGGGUCAUGUUCCUAUGUAGUCAGUUUUGAUACUGUGAUCUAAUUCUGUUCUAAUAUUGCUUCAUUGCUGAGCCCACUGAACCGACUUAAUAGUUAUGUACAUGAUUCACACUUUAUUUGUAAGAGUUAUUUACAUUGUUAUAUUUAACAGUUAUUUACAUUGUUAUAUUUAACAGUUAUUUACAUUGUUAUGAAUAACAUUUAUAGUUGAUUUAGUAAGGUUUUUGACCUUGGUCUAUUUGACAUCCCACCUAAAUGUAUCAUCUAAUGAACCAGGUUCUAUGAAUACACAGGUCUGUGCAAUGACCUUGAUGUGUUUGACAUUCCACUAUUUUUCACGUGACUGGGAUUGCUGUUUCAGACAUUCCAUGCUAAAAGUUUAUCAUUUAGUUUUAUGAAUUGAUUACGUUUAAGAAUCAAGAAUCAGGAAAAAAAUUGAAGCCUGUUAGGGUUAUAAAGUCACAAGGGUCAAUAGUUCAUGACCUUUGUGUCUUAUUUCAUACAACAGGAGCAUGAUGCACUUAGAAAUGUGUUUGUCUGUUACAGACAUUUUUAUUACUUCUCGUAGACACCAAAUGACCUACAAACCAAUAGCUAGCUUAUCUGUUAAGUAUCGUCAAGUUGUGUAGUGGAGGCAUGUUGACACAUUCAUGUUGACACACACACUAUAUAUGGUAAUGUUAACAUUUAUACAUUGUUUAUUACUGUUUCUGCACAAAGCAUUACAUUAGAAUAACACAUGCUCUUAUUCCGUGUGACGUCAUUCACUUCAAGGCAUUUAUAAGUUAUUUAUAAGCUAUGUAUAAGUUAUUGUUUUUUUAUCAGGCACUGGUUUAGGAGGAGGACUGUUUUUUUGUGUAUAUUGGACUGUGAUAGCAUGUAAUGUGAAAUACAUAGAACUGAAUUUA